AUGGCCGGGCGGCAGAGAGGCGCGGGGCGGCUCUGGGCUCUGGGCGGCGCCGCCCUGGGGGCUUGCCUGGCGGGGGUUGCCACGCAGCUGGUGGAGCCCAGCACGGCCCCGCCCAAGCCCAAGCCGCCUCCACUGACCAAGGAGACCGUGGUGUUCUGGGACAUGCGACUGUGGCACGUGGUGGGCAUCUUUUCGCUCUUCGUGCUGUCCAUCAUCAUCACGCUGUGCUGUGUCUUCAACUGCCGUGUGCCACGGACACGGAAGGAGAUUGAGGCCCGGUAUCUACAGCGAAAGGCCGCCAAGAUGUACACAGACAAGCUGGAGACCGUGCCUCCACUCAACGAACUCACAGAAAUCCCUGGAGAGGAGAAGAAGAAGAAGAAGAAGGACAGUGUGGACACUGUGGCUGUCAAGGUAGAGGAGGAGGAGAAGAAUGAGGCAAAGAAGAAGAAAGGAGAGAAAUGA